AAAGGCGAGUAAAGUUCACGGGUUUUAGUUUACUGGUCGUUGCGGGCGAGGUGACGUUUGGAAGGGAAGAGUGAAAUAUCAUAAUUUCUGUGAACCAAUCUCUGGCCAUGAAACUCGGAAGCGAGGAAAUUUGUAAAAAACACAAAAUCGAGUUUUGAAUUUGAUUAUUAUGACAUGACAUAAAAACAACAACAACAACAAUGUUGGUGGUUUCUUUGGGGCGAAUCAAUGUCUCCUCGUUGUGUGCCAAAACAAGAAAAUGCUUUUCCUCAAAAUCUCAUCUCCAUACUUUCACUCCUGCUUCAGUCUUCCAUCAGAAAUUUCCAGAAGAUCCGAUGAUUUGCACAAAUGAAUUGCCUCAAAUUAGUAGUGAGGCCCCUGCACAUUGGAAAAUGGUUCUUCAAGGGAUUCGCCAAAUGCGGAGUUCUGCAGAUGAACACCAACCGGUUGCACGUGAGAAAGCUGCUGAUACUGUACCCCCUAAGGAAAGAAGAUUUGCUGUCCUGACAUCUUCCCUUUUAUCAAGCCAAACUAAGGAGCAUGUUACUCGUGGAGCGACACAACGUCUUGGUGAAAAUGAUCUGCUUACUGCUGAUGCAAUGGACAAAGCUGAUGAAGAAACCAUCAAAAAGUUAAUUUACCCUGUUGGAUUUUAUAAAAGAAAAGCUAGUAACUUGAAGAAAAUUGCCAAUAUUUGUCUCUUGAAGUAUGAUGGAGACAUACCAAGCUCAAUUGAGGAACUACUCUUGCUGCCAGGAGUAGGUCCUAAGAUUGCUCAUCUGGUUAUGAUUGUUGGAUGGAACAAUGUCCAAGGGAUAUGUGUAGAUACUCAUGUCCACCGCAUUUGCAAUCGUCUUGGAUGGGUUUCGAGACCAGGCUCAAAACAGAAAACUUUGACACCGGAAGAAACAAGACAAGCGCUGCAACGGUGGCUUCCGAAGGAAGAAUGGGUUCCAAUAAAUACUCUUUUGGUAGGAUUUGGACGAGCAAUCUGUACUCCUCUACGGCCUCACUGUGGAGAUUGUAGUGUAAAUAGGUUCUGCCCAUCAGCAUUCAAGGAGACUUCAAGCUUGUCAUCCAAGUCCAAAAGGUUUACAUCGAACAAGAAGCCUUAGUGCAUGUUUUGAUAUCCGAUGAAAACUUCAAUGAAGAAAACAUAUUUAUAGGCAUGAACUUGUUCAAUGAAGAAAAUACAAUUAUAGGCAUGAACGUAGAAGUAACUUUUUACUUUUGAGAAAAUCAUAGUUAUGUUCAACGGAACAGUUUUGCAAACAAUCUUAAUCUAAGCUUAUUGGAACUUAUCAACUUAUUACAAAAAAGACUAAUUAUGAGAUUCAUGUGAAAGGAUUUGUUUUCUAGUCA